AUGCACGCUAUCGAACCGCACAUCGUCUUUCAUCGUCUGUCCCAAAGAACGCUUCAUCAAUACAUGCAUCCGGAUGUGCAAUUCGUCGUGACUCGCUCAGCCUGGAACGAGGAUUUCGAUGCGGCCCUUGUAGACAACGCGAAUCUCAUCUUUGUGCGACCCGAGUGGAUUUUCGCGUGUGAUGAACAAGCCAAGCGUGUCCCGUUUCAGAAAUACCUGGUCGUGGGCUGA